ACUUAAGCAAGGAAGGAACUAAACGAAAACUGUCAUUGCACUUCUUUCCUUGAUUCUUCCGAUUACUAUUUUCUCUCAAAUUUAGAUCUGGAAAACUUCUUUGCAUGUGCCUUUUGGUGAGCAAAACAAAUUCACUAUUCUCUUCUUUAGCGCUCUUGGUUGAAAUCGAGCGUCGCGAUUUUCGUUUGGUUGCCGGGAAAAUGACUGACUGGAGUUUCUCCCGCGAUUUUCCCGCAGGAGUUUUCUAGAAUGAUAAUUCGAUAGAAAGGUUUGGUUUAAUCAGUUUGAGCGUGAGGAGGAAGAGAAAGUUAGCAAUGGCGGCAGAGACUGAUUUUCAUCAAAAUAACUGUAAUGGCUGGUCCAGCCUUGAGAUUGCAUCAGAAAACCAAAGCCCUCAGCAGGCUGAAUCUGUCUCUGAUAUUCGGGAUCAUGGUUCCAUAUCAUUUGGAAGAUUUGCUGGAGAGACACUUUCAUGGGAGAGACGGUCAGUUUUUUCCCACAACAGAUGCCAGGAGGAGCUGGAAAAGUUCAAGGAACCAGGAUUUGUUGCGCAAAAAAAGGCCUAUUUCGAAGAGUACUACGGAAGAAUUAGAGCGAUGAAGGCGUCGCAAGCUGAUCAGCAAGAGACCGCAGGAUUUGGUCGUUUCCGAAAUGCAAAGAGUUGUGUCACACAAGUAGAGACCGGUAAUGUUUCGGCUUUCUCAAAAGGGGAAACGAAUUCCAGACGAGUUCAAGAAGUUCAGACAUUAGAGAGUGAUGCCGGCGCCAAGUCUGAUUCGUCUUCGGAGGGCACUGCGGAGAAACAAGACGCAGCCACCAAAGCAAAUUUGAGUGACCGGAGUAGCAAUGAUGAAAAGGAUCGCACCACGGAUGCAAGUGUUGAGUCCUUAUGUGCUACUGAGCCAGACCAACCAAUCAAAAAGGCUUCCUCGUUGCACACCCCUUUCACUAGGAACUCGGGAAACUCCCAGCGUGAAAGCCCGGUAUCUAAGUCUGCCAAGCGUAUAGCAAACAAGCCAAAAGCUCAGGGAAAUGAAGGUUUUGGUUCUGCACGUGAGAGAACAAAAAUAGGAAGCAGAAGCACAAAAGAUGGUGAUAAGUUAUCUGAGAAGACAAAACCAUUUCCGCAUAAUAAAAUCACUGCCAAAGCAGAGAGCAGUAUUGUUUUAGGCAAAAACAGCACUCACAAAGCUGAAAAUGACAAUAAGUCCAUCCAUGUUUCCUCUCAAAGACAGCUUGCAGAAGCAUGCUCUGGUUCGACUGUUCGGCAUACAUCCUUGGCAAGGAACAGGUUGGUGACACCUUCUCCUAUUGGCAGAAUCGAUCAAAAAAACACAAAUUCAUGUGGCAGAGAUUUGGGAGACAAGUUUCGGAGAAGUCUACCAGGAACAACACAAUCCACUCAGUGCUCUUCGAAGGAGACUGCUUCUGGUGGUUUAGAACAGAAGGGUGCACAAAACAGGCUUAAAACCCUUCAUGCUCAUAGGAGCUAUGACAUAGAAAGAAAGCAGAAAGAGGGAGAGAGCAAAAGUAGUAUUACAAUUGGAAGAGGUUCCAAGUCUGCAACAACGACGCCACCGAGCGGUCGCAAGGAUUUGAAAAUGGUCCAGAAGAAUACAAUAUCACAACCCAAAAAUCUGGCACAUGCUCGAAAGGAACCAAGACUCAAGAUGCCAAGCUGGCGGUGACAAAACCGGGGCUGCAGAGCAGUUGUUUCUUAUCGGCUCAUUGAAUGCAGAAAAAUGGUUAAACUGGUAAAGUUUCGUAUAUAAGACAUCAAAACGAGAACCUGCGCAGCAAGUACUUCAGAAUUUGAAAUACAGAGAGAUACUAACAGCAGGCAGAGUAAGAUCACAAUAUCAUGCAAGACUGCAAGUUGCAGCUGAUGUUUUGUUAAUAGGUAUAUUCAUGGUGAUGAAAAUAGGAAUCCUAUGUUCUGAAGCCUGUCAACAUCUUCGAAUGGGCGAACCUGAGUGUUUGUCUUUUUGAACUAGGGCCAUGUACAAUUAAAAGAAAACAGAUUGUAUCUUUUGUUUUCCCGUAUAAUUAGUCCUUCUAUGUAAAUUUAGUGGAAAAUGCAUCGUUCUUUUGAUGGAUUCGUCAUGUAUGCAACGAUUCUACAAUUCGCACUGGAAAGCUAAAAGCAUUGUCCUAAUUGUGAACAGAAUGACGUGCAAAUUUAUAUAUUACAGUGCAAGGAUUGAGGAAGGUCAUUGUUAAGAUUGGUUCAAGCAAAUUCAAGUGCAGGUAUUUUGGAA